GGCGGGCGCACGGUGAUGGCGUCACGGGGAGGCGUGGCGCCGGGCGCCAUGAGCAGGGCAGGCCCCGCGUACCCCGGCCGGAGCGGGGCGGCUCUGCCCCUGCCCUUACCCCUGCCCCUGCCCGGCGAUAGGAAGCGGGAGGCGCUGUCUGCCGGGGCCCUCCUUCAGCCUAUCAUCAAGGAUGUCGGGGAAAUCUAUUCAAGACUGCUGGAUCACAGACCAGUAAUUCAGGGAGAAAUACGAUACUUUGUUAAAGAAUUUGAAGAAAAACGUGGCCUCCGAGAACUACGAGUACUUGAAAAUCUAAAGAGCACCAUAUUUGAAGCAAAUGAAAACAUUCUUCCCAAGUGUGAGCAAUCAAUGCAUGACAAUCUGAAUGAAGUACUCAAGAGAUUGCAAGCUUCCAACAGUAUGAUCCACAGACUCCAAGAGAGGGAACAUGAAGAGAGGAAGCUUCAGAAUGACAAGCUAAUGGCUGAUGAAGAAAAUCGCAUAGCCCACUGGGAGUCAUUCAUGAAAGAACAACAGAAUAAACAAGCAGAGGUGGAUGAAGAGCACAGAAAAGCUAUGGAGCGCCUCAAAGAGCAGUAUUCUGAGAUGGAGAAGGAAUUGGCCAAAUAUGUUUCUUUUUAAGACCUUUUUUUUUUUUUUUUUUUAGUAGCACUGGUUUUAUGCCAUUACGCAAUUGCUUCUGACUUAAAUUGAAAUUCUUUUGGAAAGAUGAAACAAGUAAGAUAAAGGAAGAAUCUCCUCUACAUGUUUGGUAUGGGAAGAAAAGUUUUGCAUACUUUCAACUUAAGUGCCUAUCUUUGUUCAGGGCAAGUGGAAUGCCAGUAUUUCUUAGUUUGUUGGAAGGUGGAAUUGAAAAUUACGUUGUUACUACAUCAGCUCAGGGAGUUGCAAAUUGGAAUUCUCUUCCAUUUGCAGAGUGUAUAAUAUCUUUUGGGAAAGUAGAGCUUAAUGUAACAUUAACCAUCCCAGUGUGCAACCACAGCCCUUUUCCACAAAAGAGUAGGUGUAACAGCCUCCAUCCAUAGUUAGAUGAGAACUCACUGGGAAAUCUAUAAAUCCUGUUUAUAAAUUUCAGGAAAACCAACUUAUUUUGCAGAAUAGACUUCGAAACUUCAGUGAUGAGAGAUCCCAGCAAAGCUGUAAAUCCAGUUAUAAUUCCAACUUCAGAUUCCUAUAGUCAGUAUUAUGAAGUAAAAUUGAGAUUUAAAUGUUUUUUCCUUAUGUAGAAAUGGUGAGUUUUGACAAGAAACACUUUCCUCCCUGUAAAUAUCUCAGAACUCUGUUUUUAAGUUUUAAUGUUCUACACAAAGUUAAAACAAGCUCAAGAGUAAUAAUGAGAAACAUAUUGGUCUUGUACUAGCUACAUAGCUAAUUCAAGUAUCUACCUUAAAUAUUUGACAUGCUGUUGGUUUACUUAAGAUAAACUUAUCAGAACUUUAUAAACCAGCUGAGGAAACUUUUGUUUCUUUUUCAGUCUAACAAAUGAUCACAUUAGUGGUAAAAUGCUUGUAGUACUGAUUUUUUUCUUACUAACCAUGACUCAUACAGGGUAUGUGAAGCUCCUGUAUUGCUUUCCUUUAUUUAAAACUUUUAUUUAACAGCACUGUAACUGAAGAAGUUAACACAAUCAGUUCAUUAACCAAGCAAAACAAGACAUAGUACCUUAAUGAAAUCUGCUGCAAGCUAACCGGUAAUACAGGAAAUAUGUUUCCAUAAUUUAACUGGCGUCCAAUGUGUAGAAUGGAAACAGGUAAAAAUAAACUGAAUUUACCCUUUACCUGUAUUGCAAUAGUAAUACGGUGACAAUGGUUACUUGUGUAAAUUUAUGGCUUGGUGUCACGGCUCCAUCCUGGCAGCAUGUUGAUAGUGUGAUUAAAGUUAGUAGAAGAGAUGGAAUAAGUAUUUGAGAUUUCUUUCAGUAACACUGAAUUCCUGCCAAGCUGCUCUGCCCGCUACUGUAGGUCUGACAGCUUCAUCAAUCAUCAUCAUGCAUCUGGACUGAAAAAGAGAACUUACCGACACUGGGGCAUGCUGGAAUGUUGUUAAUUCUCUGUUGUGGAUGGAAAAAACAUAGAUGUCUCACAGGUAUCUCACACAUGAAAAACAGGGAAGCUUCAUUUUUAACAACCCCUGUCUGAACAGAAGGUGAUCUCUGUUAUAUUUCUCAGCUUAUGCAUCUACUUAUGAAUGUCAUAAUUAAACUCAGUAUUCAACUUAGAAGUUCUUGCCUGUCUGUAUAAUUGGGUGUGGAAUGACUUUGUUUUAAGGACAAACUCAAAAAGGCUUCUGUCUAACCAGAUUCUUUUAAUGUAUAUGUGCUCAAAGCCCAAAUGUCUUUAUAACAAAAUGCAUUUAACAGUGUAAUUAAUUUUAUUUUUGCACUGAUCAAUUUUAUUAAGACUUCAAUACUUAAUUAACUGCACUGGAGCUGUACAUUUUCGUACUUUGUCAAUUUGAGGGCUCUUAAGCAAUGAUACACUUGUUGCAAGUUGGGUAUCCACUGGAAAAUAAAGAGAUAUUUCCAAAAA